CAAUCCUCCACUGCAGCUCACUUAUACCCUCUCUCUCACCACCACCACUAUCACUUUCACUAAAAGACAAUGCCAACCCCCCAAUGACCCAACCACAGUCAACUGUAAACCCCAAAAUGCGCCCCCAAUUAUCCCCUAACCUCCUCCCAACCCUCUUCACCUCCCUCACCCGCCAACCAAAAUGGACCCUUCACCGCACCCUCAAAAGCGACAACCCCCUCGACAUCAACGGCUCCCUGACCGGCACAGCAACCUUCACACCCCUUCCAAUCCCAACCAAUCCCCAAUCAAGCUCAAGCUCAACCUCAUGCUCAAAAGACAUCCUCUACCACGAAGAAGGCGAGAUGCCCACACCGCCAGGCCUGCGCACGCACCCAAGCGUCGGCGUCGGGCUGCGCUUCACGAAGAAAUAUAUCUGGCGGUUUGACGAGGGGCGGAUUAGCAUCUGGUUUGCGAAGGUGGGGAGUGAUGUGCCGGAUUAUUUGUUUCAUGAGUUUGAGUUUGUGGAUCAGGGUCAGGGUCAGGAUCAAGGUCCGGGGGAAGGCGAGACGUUUGUGGAUGCGCCGGCGCCGCCGGGGGCUGGGGGGGAUACGGUGGUUUACAGGGCGAGGGGGAAUCAUCUUUGUAUUAAUGAUAUGUAUCGCACGGCAUAUGCUUUUCGGGUGAGGGAGGGGGAGGUGGUUAGUUGGGCGAGUCGACAUGUUGUUAAGGGGCCGAGGAAGGAUCAGGAUAUUGUUAAUAUCUAUUGGGUGGGGGUGUGAGUUGGUUGGCUGGUUGGAUAUAGACUUUUGAAGCGGGUUUGUGUAGAUGUGAAGUCCAGGAUUGGAUUUAGAUGGGGAUUGUUAUUUACAGGGAUGAGUCUUUGGUGGAUGGUAGAGAGAGUGGAUUUUGAUCAGCUGCUACAUGUGGACAGGGUAACAAUAUGAUACAAUAAGGCUUGGUUCUUCUGUAACGGUCGUUUGGGUUUCAUGUUUUUCUUGAGAUCGCUAGGAUAUGUCAAAUUCU